CUCACUUCCGCCUACCCCGCCCAGGCUGCCAGACCGGAAGCGCUGCGCUCUAACCCAAUCCUCCUCAUCGGGGUUGAAACCCGGGCGCCUCCAAGAUGCCGGCUUACCACUCUUCCCUCAUGGACCCUGACACGAAACUCAUUGGAAACAUGGCACUGUUGCCUAUCAGAAGUCAGUUCAAAGGACCCGCCCCUAGAGAGACAAAAGAUACAGAUAUUGUGGAUGAAGCUAUCUAUUACUUCAAGGCCAAUGUCUUCUUCAAAAACUAUGAAAUUAAGAAUGAAGCUGAUAGGACCUUGAUAUAUAUAACUCUCUACAUUUCUGAGUGUCUAAAGAAACUCCAAAAGUGCAAUUCUAAAAGCCAAGGCGAGAAAGAAAUGUAUACACUGGGAAUCACUAAUUUUCCCAUUCCCGGAGAGCCUGGUUUUCCACUUAAUGCGAUUUACGCCAAACCUGCAAACAAACAGGAAGAUGAAGUGAUGAGGGCCUACUUACAACAAUUGAGGCAAGAGACUGGACUGAGACUUUGUGAGAAAGUUUUUGACCCUCAGAAUGAUAAACCCAGCAAGUGGUGGACUUGCUUUGUGAAGAGACAAUUCAUGAACAAGAGUCUUUCAGGACCUGGACAGUAAAGGGAGCCUUGGGCAGACACUGUCUCCACAGCUGUGGGCAGCAUUUACAGCAAGAUGUACACAGUUCUUUGCCUUUAUUUCGUAAAGUUUUAUACAGAGGAGAGAAGAGAGUGUGUCUUUACUUGAAGAGCUCUUUAUCAAGAAUUUUGGGCUGUGGGGUGGGGAAGAAUGAGUUGUUGACGGGUGAUUUGAAGUUUCUGCAGUAUUAAGCUGGUGCUUAAUGAGUAGUAAUAAAGAAAUUUUCUAACA